GUGGAAGAGGUGUUGGUUUUUGGGGCUUGGUCAUUGUAUCUGAUAGGGUAUUCAUCACUGCAGAGUUUGAUAUCAUAAUUAUCAUAGUUAGGGGGAUGGCUUGGCACACAAUUCUGCAAAGUUGAGUGUGACUUCAUUUCUGUCCUUAAUAGAUGACAACCACUGGGGAGGACUUAGGGAAAACCAACACACCACCCACAUAGAAAAUCAUAUUCUUUUCCAUUGCUUUUUACCUCUUUCUAUCUCUGAAGUUACACUGCAUAUCAUUGGAUCACUUCUGCGUUCCUUUAAUAAUCAGUUCGGCAGAGGAUAGCUACGGGAAGUUACGGGGGCUCUACUCGGUCGAAUACACCAUCCAAUAAAGGGAGAGCGUGGAUUUCUUCCCACAAAACUUCACCCACUGUCCUGAAUCCCUUGCUGUACUGGACAAAUUCUUCGGAUUUUGGCUGUUCAGGAUAGUGAGGUGAGACUGUACUUGGACUGUAUGCCAUCACUCAUCAUAGUUUGACUAUUUGCUUUGAGGUCAUUAAUCCUCUGAUAGGUUAGGUGUGGUUCCAGGAAUAACCGCACCCCCACUUUUCUGCAGCCACUCUCGCGACUCGAGAAUCUCGCACCGUCGGAAAAGACUCUAUCCCAAAACACUUUUUCCAUUCCCUCCCAAAUUUACCUCAGUCCUCCAUCCCACCACUAUAACACCCUUACCAGCACCAAUCUCUCGAAACCUGCAACAAUGGGUCGCAUGAAGAAAUCAACCCGCAAGUUCGAAGCAAAGCACCUGACGAGAACACUCGAAGAGAGAAAAACCCAUGCAAAGGUAAAACAACGACACCAACUCGCUGAGAAGCGCAAGAAAAAGAGGGUGGAUGAAAAUGCCGACGAAGAUGCAGAGGAGAGGGAGAUAAAUAAGGCUAAGAGAAGGGACGGUGAUGUGGAGUUGUUCGAGGAUAUGAGUGUCGAGCAAUUCUUCCAGGGCGGGUUUGAGAUUCCCGAGACGGAGAGGGAAAGGAAGAGGAAGAAGAAGGAGCUGAAGAGGAAGAGGGAGGAAACAGAGAAGAAAGAUGAUGGUGGGGGGGAAGAAGAGGAGGGGGAGGAGGGAGGUGAUGAGUUGGAAACUCACAAGGCAGAUUUAGCUGCGCUUUUAGAAAAGGAUCCAGAGUUUUUCAGAUACCUUCAGGAAAACGAUUCUCAAUUACUGGAUUUUACGGCGGCAGAACAGGAUGACCUUUCCGGGAUUGAUAUUAUGUCUGAAGGCGAGAGUGAAGACGAAGCACCUGAGAAGAAGAAGAAGAAGAAAAAGAAUCCCAAGAAGGGUGAAGAUAAAGAGUUAGCACAGAGCGACAGUGCUGGCUCGAGCAUUGAAGUUACACUGAAAGAUGUGGAAACAUGGAAGAAGGCACUUGUGGAGGAACGGAGUCUUCGUAGCCUUAAGAAGGUAGUUUUGGCAUUUAGAGCUGCGGCACACGUCAACGAUGUUGGUGAUGAUAGCAAUGGGUACAAGUACUCUAUCACGGAUGCUAAUGGUAUGUAGAGUAAUUACUCCGGCUUGGUCUCUACGAUGCUAAUUAAGAUAGUUUAUCAUGAACUCUUGGUUUUGACGUUAAAGCAUGUUCCUGAUGUACUCAACCACCAUUUACCAGUGAAGGAGAGCGCAUCGGGGAAGAUGUAAGUACAUAUUUUGCGUUUAAGGGUGACCGUGGCUGAUCGCACCGCAGCCGUAUCGCCAGCGAUACCAAAAAAUACCGGUCAAUGAGCCCACUACUCAAGUCGCACUCGGCAUCCUUGCUCCACCUCCUCCCUACCCUUACCGACGCUUCAACUCAAAAGUUGCUUCUAAACUCCACAAUUCCUCUAGUCCCAUACUUCCUAUCCUUCCGCAAGUUCCUCAAGGCCUAUAUCAAGGCUGUCGUCGAUAUUUGGGCUGCAAACAGCUCAGACGAGUCUGCAAGAAUCACAGCGUUCUUGGUUGUCCGAAGAGCUGCCGUGGUUGGAGAUGAUGGGCUGAAAGAGAUGUGCUUCAAGGCGCUAUACACCGGGUUUAUUCGUGCUAGUAGACAAACAAGUGGAUACACUAUGCAGGGGAUUAAUUUGAUGAAGAACUCUGCCCGUGAAGUUCUUGGGUUGAAUGGUAUGGACAAAGUCGGGUAUUCUGUUGGGUUUGGAUAUAUCAGACAAUUGGCAGUACAUUUGAGAAACAGUAUUAUCAAUAAUUCAAAGGUUUUGCGGUGAUAACUCAUCCACCACAUGUUGCCAUUUGCUAACCCACAAAACCCAGGACUCGUACAAAACCGUCUACAAUUGGCAAUACGUCCACUCCCUCGACUUUUGGUCCCGUGUCCUCUCAACUCACUGCGAUGGACUCAAAGAAGUUGAAGCAGGCAAAGAUUCUCCCCUGCGGCCGCUGAUCUACCCAUUAAUCCAGGUAACCCUCGGCGCCAUCAAACUCAUUCCAACGGCCCAAUACUUCCCCCUACGCUUCUACCUCCUCCGCUCCCUUCUCCGUCUCUCAAGAGCAACAGGAGUCUACAUCCCCCUAGCCUCCCUUCUCCUCGAAGUCCUCGCCUCAACCAUCUUCAGGAAGAAGCCCAAACCAUCGACCCUCCGCCCCCUAGACUUUAGCACAACCAUCCGCGCGCCAAAAUCCUAUCUGCUAACAAAAGCCUACCAAGAUGGCGUCGGCGAGCAAGUCGUAGAACUCCUCUCGGAGUUCUUCGUCCUGCACGCCAAAUCCAUUGCCUUCCCCGAGCUGGCCAUACCAGCCAUCGUCCAUGUCAAGCGCUGGAUUAAAAAGUCUCCUGUGGUCAACCUGAAUAACGCGCUCAACAUGUUUGUCGGGAAACUGGAGACGAAUUCGAAGUGGGUGCAGGAGAGGAGGAGCAAGGUCGAGUUCGCGCCCAACAAGAUUGACAUGGUGGAUAAAUUCCUUGACGACAUCACGUGGGAGAAGACCCCGUUUGGGGCAUACGUGCUCUCACAGAGGAAGGUGAGGGAGGAGAAGAGGAAGAUGAUUGAGGAGAGCCUUAGGCAGGAGAAGGCGAAGAGGAGAGGUGGGGGUGUUGACGAUGAGAGCGGUGAUGAAAAGGGACAUCCUUCAGCUGAGGAGCAGUCAGAGGACGAGGAUAUGGAGGAUGUUGAGGACGAGGAUGAGGAUGAAGACGACUCAGACGGCGAUGAUGCUUGAGUGGUGGCUUUUUUUUUUUUGGUAACUUACCAAAUGGCUUGUAACAUUAGGAUGGGGGAGGGGGCAAUGAAUAGUAGAUCAAAUUUGACAUUUUCCAGCAAAUCUUUGACUUAUUGUUUGCCGCCCCUCUUGAUUGUUGCCCCCUACCACAGCAGUUUUUUGUGUAAAAUAAAUAUCCGUCCAAAUAGUAUCGAGCGGCUUUCUGCAACCAGAUAACAAUCAGUCCCGUUUUCAACCAAAAUAUCUCUGCAAUUUUGCUACGGUACCAGAGCAGCGCACCAGGGCCGAGCCCUCCCCACCACCAUGUAUCCAUACCCCGAGUGAUAUGAUAGCAUCGCACAAUGGGGGGGGUUUCUCGGAAGGAGAUGUGAUAUUAUCAUAAGAAUUUGGUGUUUGUGUCUUGGUC